CCGUACGGACUCUUUGCUGCUGUCUCGUCAACCUCACGCUGACCAGCCUGUUUGCACCCUUCAUGAAGCCGCAGACGGUAAAGCCCAUCAAUCGAAUCUCUUGUGCUCCUGACGACGGCGACGGUGACGGCGUCGCGUCAGGCCAACUCGACGUGGCCCAAUCUUCGUUUUUUCACUUUUUGUCCAAGUCCCGACGAGACCGUGAGACGCCUGAAACGGAUCAACCCUGCACCAGCAUUAUUCCCGAUCAUUCGGUUUCGAGUGGAGAGGCCGACGACGGUUCAAAGUCGCCAUCACUGCAUCCGGUUCCGUCAAUUGUGUGGCCGAUCAAAGUGGCGUGUUCAGCUGUCUCCGGUCCUUCUGUAUCCAUUUUCUGCACAGUCGCUGGUGAAUUUUUGUUCACAGUCCUUGCAGUUUAUGUUGUACAUUCCGUAACACUCCCUGUUGUUGACUUCUUCAUGUUGUGCUGGAAAGCUGGUCAAGAGGUUUGUCAUUUCCUUCGGGAUCGCACGAAUGUUCCAUUUCCCUGUCAUUGGCCGCAGCUGUCGAGCCAAUUGGUGGCAGGGUUGACAUGUCCAUCGUCUUUCAUCGUCUGCCUAUCACCGUCCGCAUCUUGCGUUCUAUUGCUUCUUCUGGAUUUUCGUUUCCGAGCCACCUCCGACUUUGCGCUCACAGUUUCUCUUCCCAGAACCCACAACCCAGGGUCAUUGAUUCGUAAGCUUCCUUUUACCAUACUCGGCAGUAUGGUAACCUGUCGAGAUUAUACGCUGUACUUUCAUGGUACCAGACUUUGUUGA